GCCUUCAUAUGUGUCUGCUUAAUGCACGCGCCCUAUGUGUCCGUGCUUAUGUAGGAUUUUGACUGAAUCAGCUAUUAAAAGUGAAGAGGAAAGAUGUACAGGUCAUGAGACAUCACACACACCGUAACUGAUAGUUUAAACAGAUUUAGGCCGAGCGCACGAUCACGGUCUAUAGUGUGACACAACAUCACCGCAGCUCAUGGCAGUGUCUCUGAUCAUGUGAGUGCUUCCUAAGGUCUGCUUUAUUUUUCAUCUCAAAAUACUAAGGAAAAUAUCUGCAUAAAAAAAACUAGGCUUACACAUUUUUGAAACAUCAAAAGUUUUUUCUCCAUAUUUCUGAUUAUUGCAUUUUGUCCGGAUGUUUUGUUUUUAUUCUCUCUGUUCUCAAUAUUACUGUAAUGCAGAAAUGAGUGAAUGAAAAUCUGGAAAAAAGGCAGUACAACAAAUACUACCAAAUGCAUUAUUGAUAUAGUAAUGUAUAUAAAAUUUGCAUUACAGCUGUAAGAAACGAGGGAGAAAAGUGUUUGUGCUCAGGCUUUAUUCACCACAGAUGAAGCCAAAGGAGACACGAAGGCCUCGUCAGCACAGCACAUAUUCACCCUAGUCUAUACAAAGCACAAGUACAUAUGCAAAUCUUCAUGCUGACAGAUGUAAAUAAUCAUAUAGUCGUAAUAUACAUAUGACUGAUUACAGGGUUUCCGCGGAGUCUUAAAAAGUCUUAAAAAGUCAAAAAUUUAAAAAACGAUUUUUUAGGCCUUAAAAAGUCUUAAAUUCGCUGUUCUAGGUCUUAAAUACUUUUUCACAGGUCUUAUUUUUCCGAUGUCCAUGUAAAGCUCAUUUUAAUUCUAUUUCUGUCUUUGUUGUUGCUUGGCUGAUUCCGUGGUGUUGUAGUUUUUUGUUUCUCUAGUCUAAGUAUAAUUCGCUGUAUUACGACUACAAAUGAGACCAACAUGCAACAGCCAAUCAGCUUUCUGUUAUUGGCGCGAGUCUCUCUCGGGAGUGUAUGUUACCUCAGACGUAAAACCGAGUUUACGUUUUAACUAUGGGGAAGUGCAGGUUUAGCGAUACUUGGCUUGAAAAAACUGAAUAUAAGGAUUGGUUAAGGCCAGUUGCUAACAAUGCAUGCAUUUGAAGCAUACUGUUUGUUAUGCAAGAAAGCAAUUAAACUGGGAACGUUAGGUGUACGAGCCCUAUCGUCUCAUGCAAAAAGUGAGAAACAUCUGACUGCAGUGAAGGGUCUUGAGCAAACGACAGCCAUCAGCCAAUUCUGCCAAGCAUCUGUUGGCUCUACGCUGCCGAGGCAAGGCCCACACUGCAGCUCCGCAACCCCCGCGAGCGACCUCCGUGUCGCUUUUGGGUCAGAGCCAACGCUAAGAGCAGAGGUGCUCUGGGUCCUCCACGUCGUAACUAGACACCAAUCCUAUAGUGCGAAUGAGGAAAUCGGUGAAUUGUUUCAGACAAUGUUUCCGGACUCUGACAUCGCUAAAUCAUUUAGGUGCGGGAAAGAUAAAACGUCUUACAUUGCGCGUUUUGGAGUAGCGGAUUUUAUCAAGAGAGACCUUAUUUCAAAAGUGACCGGACCGUUUGUGCUGAUGUCCAAAAUGAAGCAACUGGACUUGCACGUACGUUUUUGGGAAAGCGGACAGGUGCAGUCAAGAUACUUAGGAUCCCAGUUCAUGGGGCAUGCUACAGCCGAGGACUUAAUGAAGCACGUGAAAGAGUGUGUGGAUCCCCUUGACCUAAGAAAUCUGGUGUCCAUUUCAAUGGAUGGGCCCAAUGUGAAUUUUAAAUGUUUUGAACUUUUCCAACAAGAGCUCGCAGGAAGGUAUGGAGGUUCUCAGCUUGUUGCUGUGGGGAGCUGUGGACUCCACACGUUACAUAAUGCAGUCAAAAGUGGCUUUUCCAUAUGGCAAGUGGAAAAACUACUAAGAGCCAUGCACACAUUAUUCCAUAAUGUGCCGGCAAGAAGAGAGGACUACACUGCUGUGACCAAGUCCAUCAUCUUCCCUUUAUCUUUCUGUGGUCAUCGGUGGCUUGAAAACCAGCCUGUUAUAGAGAGGGCUCUGGAAGUUUGGCCAUCCCUUACAAAGUAUAUAGAUGCAGUGAGAAGAAAACAACUACCAAACCCUGGGACAGCAUCUUUUGACACAGUGGAGGAUGCCAUGAAAGACACACUAACAGAGGCCAAGUUACACUUCUCCUUGACUGUUGCCAGGCUUUUCAGUCCCUUUUUGAAGAAGUAUCAAACAGAUGAGCCAGUGAUGCCCUUCCUUAGCAAUGACCUGGCUGAGCUGAUCAAGAGUCUCCUGAGACGCUUUGUUAGGAGAGAUAUCCUACAAGACAUCACCACACUGCAGCUAACCAAACUGGAUGUGGCUGACAAGAACAACUGGCUCCAACCAAAGGAUAUUGACAUCGGCUUGGGUGCUGAGUCAGUCCUCAAGGGGAUGUCAUUCUCCAACAAUUUGAUGCCUUCCUGUCUGUCGAAUGCAGAAGCGAGGAGUUUGUCUCUUUCCCACCAAUGCAAAUGUCUUCCUAAGCAGUUUCCUCAAUAACUACCCAGAGCUUUUAGCUUUUUACCAGAAGCUUCUGAUUUUGUCUCAUGGACAGGCCACUGUUGAAAGAGGCUUUUCUGUUAAUAAAGAAAUAGAAACCUGCAACAUGCAAGAGGACACUUUAGUAGCACAGAGACUAGUAUGUGACUAUGUCACCCGACAUGGGGGUGUUACCAAAGUUCCCCUGACAAAAGAACUCUUGAGUUCAGUGGCAUCAGCCAGAACCAGGUACCGUCUCUACCUUGAGACAGAGAGAAAAAAGAAAGAAUCUCUUGCACAGGGCCAAAAGAGAAAGGCGGCAGAGGAUUGCUUAGAGGAACUAAAAAAAGGAGGAACACCUUAAAAACAGUUGCUGAAAGUCUUUCUAGAGAUGCAGACAAAUUUGCAGAGGAGGCUGAAGGCAAGGCUGGCAGUAAGAUGGCUCAGCUAAUAACUAAGUCAAAUGGUGAGGAGGGCCAGCAAGGAGAAAUCAGCUGAGCUCAAGAACAUUGAGGAGGAGAUUCUGGCCAAGGGAGAAGAGCUGAGAUUAAUGUAGCACCCACACGCACACAC